AUUGUCUUUGUUUUUUGUUUUUUUUUGUUUUUCUACUGGCCUCUUCAUGGUUAGCAAUUUUGUUAGUGUUUUCCCCCCCUUUUUUAUGGUUGGUACUAACAUGGGGUAGAGAACUGUUGAUAUUUAAAGCAGUGUAUAAUCUUUAUUGAGUUUUAGAUUUGGAUUUUUUCCAUAAUAUUUCAUGCCCUUUACUUUUUUUUUACAUGGACUACUGAAUUCGUGGCCCAUCUGGGGCAGCUUGUUGGAUACUUUGCGUUUUUAUCUAAUUUACGUGGCUGAAAUAGCAAAAAAAUAAGUGGACCAACAAGUGUUUUUGUUUGGUUAAAUUUGAGGUAGGACCAGUUUGAUUAUGGUUAAUGAAUUGCCUUAUGUAGGGCACUGUCUAAUAUGUAUUGACUUCUAGAGCUUGUGCUUUAUGGGGUUUCCUAGGGAUUAUUGAUUGGAAGACAGAUGGAAACAUCUUGUUUUUGUAAUUUUUGGUUGUCGAUGUGACUUUGCUGUAAUAGGAAUGAACUCAGCUCUUUUUAGAAGUGAUGUUUUCCUUUUGUUUUAGUCUUACUACCUGUUAAGUUAUUGUUUUGUUCUAUGCACGUGAUGUAUGAUAGAUGUAUGGUAGUUUGGUUCUGUGAAACGUAAGCCAUUUUUCAAUAUGGAGUAGAAAGUUUAGUCUUUAAACUCAACUAGUAAUAGGAGUGUGCAUAAUUGAGUGGAAACUGAAACCUAGCCACAUAGAUGUGAUAACCCAUUAGACAGAAUAACAUAGCUGCAAAAAAAUUGUUUAUUGCUGGUGUGUGCGCAAACACUUGCCGUCAUGCGCAAAUUAAAGAGUUUUUAGUUUUACGCCAUUGUUGGAUAUCAAAUUUGUUAUGUGCUGAAUGGUGGAUAUGAAGUUAUCAACUCUUUUUAUCAAUUUCUAACCUUUUCUCUUCUUUAUUUGUCAGUCCCCCUUCCUUAUUAAUCGCAAAUUUUCCUUAGCUUACUGUGUAUUUGAGAUUCCUCUCUGUCUCAGCUUGUUCUCUCUUUCCUUGAAUGUGACCCCACGAUUUUUUUUUUAAGAAGAUUUGUGCUCAAGAGCAUUAUUUUGAAACAUCAAUGGGUAGUUCAAUUCCAAAAGAGCAAAAAACUGUUCUCAAUUGCAUACUUGGAGUAGGAAUUGGAAGUUUCGUCCAAAGAGUAACCCCUUCCUUUCUGUCCCCCUUUAUCUUGCCCUGUUUCUGAUGCCAUCAUUUUUCCCUUUGUAAAAAGCCUAUCCAAAGGCGCCUGGCAUCUGACAGUGGUACAAGAGGUAUUACCACACAGAAAGCAGGGUUCGAAUCAAGAAGAUUAUGCAAACUGACGAGGAUGUUGGGAAGAUUGCCAUGGCUGUACCUCUUCUUGUUUCUAAAGCCUUGGAACUAUUUUUGCAAGACCUAUGUGACCGAACAUAUGAAAUAACUCUGAAAAGGGGAGCCAAGACCUUGAAUUCAUUGCAUUUGAAACAGUGCGUACAGACUUUUAAUGUUUUUGAUUUUCUGAGGGAAAUUGUGAGCAAGGUUCCAGAUCUUGGUGGUCCAGAUGCCACUGGUGAUGAACGUGGUGUUGCCAAAAGAAGGAAAGUUACUGAUGAUGAAGACAAUGACAGUGAUGAGGAGUGCAGUAGAAACAGAACAAAUGAGACAAUCCAGGCAAGCAGCAGUGGCAGAGGAAGAGGAAGAGGUAGGGGCAGAGGUAGAGGGCGUGGCCGGGGGACAAGAUCCAUGGAGAGGGAGACAGCUGCACAGCACGGGAAGUUUGAAGAUGACCCUGACAUUGGUCAUCACAAUGACAAGGACUGUACAAAACUUGGAAGUCUAGACAAGGAUUUUGAGCCUAAAGAUUCGAAGGAUAAUAUUCCAGCUGGCAGAAAUUUACAAGCUCCAGUACGUGACUUUGACCUGAAUGCGGGCUUGGAUGAGAAUGGAGAAACACAACCAGUGCUAACUUCUGUCCCUCCAAGUUCCUCAACAAAACCUGACACUGUUGUCCCCCGAAGUUCCUUAACAAAACCUGACACUUUUGUCCCUCCAAGUUCCUUAACAAAACCUGACACUGUUGUCCCUGCAAGUUCCCCAACAAAACCAACUCCUGAAUUGAAGCAUGAGGAAGUGCCUGGAUGGUCCCUCGAAGACAUUGAAAAGAUGGAUAUCAAUCCCGUUCAACUUGCAAACUUAAAUACAAGAAUGGAUGAGGAGGAAGAUUACGAUGAAGAAGACUGCAGCUACUAGCUAGUGUUUUGUUCUGCUGUAUAUGGCUUUUCACAUCCUAUAGGUCUUAGGUCCUUGCAGGAAAAUAUAAAUCUGAAGGUAGCGAUUAUUGAAGCUGAUGGUAGCGACUAGGGAGCUUAGGGUUAAGUGGUAGUCAUCAUUACAGACUAGGCAGAAAUUGGUAGGAUUCUGUGUCUUAUUCAGAAUAUAUUUUCUACAGCAUUUGCUGAAUGUAGAUUACACAUUAACUCCCCUAGGCAUUUAGAGAUCAGUCUGUUUAACCAUUCUUGUAUUUUAAGAUGCAAAACGCUGAUUAUUGCUUCUUGAAGGCAGAGAAAGGCUCAUACAAUAGCUGGGGAAUUUCUGUGGC